AUGGCACCGAAGGCAAACCCAUGGGUGAUUAUUGUCGGCGCAGGCCCGUCCGGCCUCCUUCUGGGGCUGCUCUUGGCCAAGAGAAAUAUCCCAGUUCAGCUGGUCGACCUCUCAGACAAGCUGGACGAGCUACCUAGAGCGACUCACUACGGAGCACCAGCCAUGUACGAACUGAACCGGGCAGGAGUGGUCGAUGACAUUCGUGCCGCCGGAUUCCUGCCGGACGGAGUAGCGUGGAGGAAGCUGGACGGAACGUUCCUGGCCGGGAUUGACGCCACCGUCACCGCCGACGACCCAGAUCGCAUGACGUGUCUGCCGCUGAACAAACUCGGCAGGAUCUUGUUGGAACACCUCAACCGGCAGCCGGCAGCCACCAUCUCCUGGGGCCACAAGGUGGUCUCGAUCGGCCAGGACGAGGAGAAAGCGUGGAUCAACGUCGAAACGCCCCAUGGACCCAACACGCUCGAGGCCCCGUAUAUUGUGGGAUGCGAUGGUGCCAACAGCCAGAUCCGGAGGUCGCUGUUUGGCGACUGGGAGUUUCCAGGCAAGACCUGGGACGAACAGAUUGUGGCCACCAAUACGUACUACGAUUUCUCACGCUUCGGCUGGCACGACUCCAAUUUCAUCAUCCACCCUGAGCAUUGGUACAUGGCGGCCCGAAUCGGCAAGGAUGGACUCUAUCGCAUUACAUACGGCGAGCUCCCGGGCCUGUCACUGGAGCAACUGCGGGAACGACAGCCAUGGAAAUUCGAGGCCAUGCUCCCCGGCCAUCCCAAGCCUGACGAGUACCGCGUCGUCAAUUUCAGCCCCUACCGCAUCCACCAGCGACUGGCCCCGAGCAUGCGUGUCGGACGGUUUGCUCUGGCAGCGGAUGCGGCUCACUUAUGCAACCCCUUCGGCGGCCUAGGGCUGACAGGUGGAAUCGUCGACAUUGGCGGCCUGUACGACUGUCUGGCCGGAAUCUACGAGGGCGUCGCCGACCCUUCCAUCCUAGACAAAUACUCCGACAUUCGACGGCAGAAGUACAACGACAUCGUAAACCCGAUCUCGAGCGAGAACAUUGUCCGGCUGUUCGGCCAGGACCCAGACACGGCGCUGGAGAAGGACGAAUUCUUGAAACUGUGUAAACGCGCCGAGGCGGACCGUGAUUUCUCCCGCGAAUUGCAGAACGGCGUCAAUUCCCUCAAGCAUGACUUUACUCAAUAUUACACCAAGUCAGGGGGAGAAGCUUACACCAACAAGUCAGGGGGGGAAGCCUACACCAACAAGUCAGGGGGAGAAGUUUCGGCGGCGACCACGACCACGACCAAGAUCCAGCCAGGCAAUGUCGAUGUCGAUGUCUCGUCGUCUCAAGACCACACCACUAUGCCGGUCCAAGCGGCGGCGGCGGGAGUGACGGAUUGA